AUGGCGGUUACCAAGGAAAUAUUGGACGAAAUCGCGCUGUCCCGGGCGGAAUACGACAUGAUCGUUGACCGGCUGGACCGGGAGCCCAACCCGGUGGAGUUGGGUAUGUUCGGCGCGCUCUGGAGCGAGCACUGCGGCUACAAGCACUCUCGCCCGUUGCUGGGGAUGCUGCCCUCGCGUUCCGCGCGGACCCUCUCCCAGGCCGGCGCCGAGAACGCUGGCGCCAUUGACAUCGGCAAUGGACUGGCCGUGGUGUUCAAGGUGGAGUCCCACAACCACCCGUCGGCGGUGGAACCGUUGCAGGGCGCCGCAACCGGCGUCGGCGGCAUCGUUCGCGACAUCCUGGCCAUGGGGGCGCGGCCGAUCGCCCUGCUCAACUCUCUCCGGUUCGGCCCGCCCGACUCCGCCGCGAACCGGCGGCUCCUCAAGGGUGUCGUGGACGGCAUCGGCUGGUACGGAAACUGCAUCGGCGUGCCGGACGUUGCCGGCGAAAUCUACUUCGACGAAUGCUAUUCGCAGAACCCGCUGGUAAAUGCGAUGUGCGUCGGCAUUGCCCGCAUCGAGGACCUGGCCAGCGCCGCAGCCGAUAGGACCGGAGAUGUACUGCUGCUGGCUGGCGCGGGCACUGGCCGUGACGGUAUCCACGGCGCGUCCGGUCUGGCGUCGCGGACCUUUGAGGAGGAGCAGGAACUCCGGCCCACGGUGCAGGUGGGCAAUCCUUUCCUGGAAAAAUCGUUGAUCGAGGCCUGCCUCGAAGCCCUGGCCACGGGCCGGGUGCGCGCGUUGCAGGACCUCGGCGCGGCCGGCCUCACCAGCGCCGCGGUGGAAUCGGCGGCGCGCGGCGGUCGGGGUAUCGCGCUGGACAUCAGCCAGGUGCACCGUCGCGAAUCCGGCAUGACCGGCUACGAGGUGAUGCUGUCGGAAUCCCAGGAGCGAAUGUUGCUGGCCGCCGCGCCGGAACACGUGCCCGCCAUCCGCGAGGUAUUCGACAAGUGGGACAUCGCGUGCCGUCCGGUUGGCGCGGUAACCGAAGAACCAUACGCGUUGAUAACCGAUGGGGCAGAACCGAUAGCCUCCACGCCCGUGUCCCACCUGAGCGACGCCCCGCGCUAUCGCCUGACCGGCCGGCAAUCCGCGGAGGCAAUUGAUCGGCAACGUCUGCGGCUGAGGGACAUACCCGUUCCGUCCGACGCGGGAGCGGCCCUGCUGCACCUCCUCGCGUCUCCCAAUAUCGCCAGCCGCCAAAGCGUCUACCGGCAGUACGACCACCAGGUACAGACCAACACGGUUGUCGGGCCCGGCGCCGGCGACGCGGCGGUGCUGCGGAUCAAGGACACGGGCCAGGCCAUCGCGGUGGCCAUCGACGGCAACGGACGCCACUGCUUCCUCGACCCCUACCGCGGCGGCCAGAUGGUCGUGGCGGAGGUAACGCGCAACCUGUCCUGCGUCGGCGCGGAACCCCUCGCGCUCACCGACUGCCUGAACUUCGGCAACCCGGAGCGGCCCGAAGUCUACUACCAACUGGAACAGUCCAUCCGCGGCAUGGCCCGGGCGUGCCGGGCGUUGGGAGUGCCAGUGGUCAGCGGCAACGUGAGCCUGUACAACGAAAGCCAGGGCACGGCCAUAUUCCCCACGCCGAUCGUGGGCGGCCUGGGCCUGUUGACCGACGUCAAGCAACACUGCGGCGCGGGGUUCCCUGGCGCCGGGCUGGCGGUCGUGCUGCUCGGUGCGGACCAGCUAACCGCCCGCGCGUCCGACCUGGCCGGCAGCGAAUAUCUCAGCGCGGUACACGGCCUCGUGAAGGGCCGUCCCCGGAUCGAUUUGGAUCUGGAGCGACGGGUGCAGGGCUUCUGCCGCAGCCUUAUCGCGGGCGCGCUGGCCAAGUCCGCCCACGACUGCUCGGAUGGCGGAUUGGCGGUCGCGCUGGCGGAGUGCUGUAUCAUUGGUGACAAUCGUAUUGGGGGAACGGGACCGGUGGGGUUUCGCGCGUCAGACGAAUUCGCGAACGGAGUUCCGUCCCGAUGGGACGCCGCGCUGUUCGGCGAGGCGCCAUCCCGCAUCGUGGUCACGCUGGAACCGGAAUAUGUGCCGAGCGUUUUGCAGUCGGCCGAAGCAGCCGGAGUGCCGGCAUUGACGAUGGGUACGACCGGCGGGAGCCGGCUGACCCUGGGGAGCCCGAUGGAUCUGCCCGUGGACAAGUUGGCUGGCGCGUGGCAUGGAGGAUUGAACACCGCCUUGCAAUAA